GAGAUUUUGGCAGUUACUUUUAAGUUUUUUGUGCGCAAAAUUAUCUUGCAUUAGUUUAAGUGAAAUUUUAUGUUUUUUUGGUCAGUACAAGCCCAUGGCUGCUUUUCAAGAAAAAUGCCAACGCUAUUUUCGGACUUCAAACUUUUACGAAGUCCUGAAUGUUGAUAAAAAUGCUAGUGAGAGAGACAUAAAAAAAUCCUACCACAAGCUGUCUCUCCUAAUACAUCCCGACAAGGUAGAACAAAACCAUAAAGAAGAAGCCACCGAAAAAUUCAAAAUUCUUUGCAAAAUCCAUUCCAUUCUUCAAGAUGAACGCAAAAGACGCAUAUAUGAUAAAUAUGGAUAUUUCGAUGAAGGAACAGAUAUCGCAUUCAAUUGGAAAGACUACUGGCUAUCCGUGUUCAACAAAAUAGAACUAAAAGACAUACAAAAAUAUGAAGAGGAAUACGUUGGUUCGGAAACUGAGAGAAGAGACAUAAAGUGGGCAUAUGAGACUAGCAAAGGAAGUAUGGACUUUAUAUUAGAUGCGGUAGAGUUUAGCAAUUUUGAGUCACAACCAAGGAUCAUUGAAAUAGUCAGGGAAAUGGUGGACAAUGGUAAAGUUAAAGAAUAUGAGAGAUUUUUCAACGAAUGUGAAGCAAAAAGAUUGAAAAGAAAAAGAAAGUUUGAAAAAGAAAGACUAGAAGUUGAAACCUUUGAUAUGCAACAAUUGGAAAAAGAGUCACAAACAAAAAAGGUCAAGCAUGCGACAUGUGACGCUAGUUUCAAACGAAGUUUUUCUCUUAAGAAAGCAGUAGAAGAAUGAACAAUUCCCAAAGGAAAAUAAUCAUUUUGUCACAGAAAUCACAGAGCAUAGGUAUAUGUUUAAUGAAUUUAUUAAUAUUUUUUCAAACUUUGUAUUAAUGUAUAGUAGGUAGGUAUGGCUUGGUCAAAAUAUAUAGGUACAUAUUUGGUGUGCUUGGUCGAAACAUAAUAUAUAAAUAUUUGAUGAA